CGCUGCCCAGCUUGUAAUGAAGAUUGCCCUGUAGCUGUGAAGAAGUGCAGGAACAGGGAAUGUGAUUAUACGUUUGAAAAGAAAAAGAAGGACUGGGAGAGGGUGAAGAAGCGAGGAGUGAUUUCCCCCACACAUGAGAGGGAGAAACUUGAAUACAGAGUAGGUAUUUACAUUGUAGAGAUACACUAAAAACCAGCAAGUAAUAACCUGUAUUUUCCCAAUUAAGUUAGCCAAAAAAGGUUCUUACAUAAAAGGUAAUGAGCACUUACAUUGUAGGUUUUUAAAGAGGUUCUCAUUUUGUGAAGGAAAAGAAAAUACAUUUUAGCUUAGAGUAGGUGGUGGUAUUUAAACUUAUGCCUUAUACAAAAUCUAUGUACCCUUACAUUGCAAUAAUAUUUCAGUGAUAAGACACCUAUUUUUUUUCAAAGAGGAUCCUGAAUGCUUACUUAUCUUCUUUAGCCAAGGUUACAAAAUGCUUUAUAGAUUUUAGAAAAUAAGAGGCCUGUGAAUACAGCCAUUUCUCCUAGCUCAAAUUGUCACCGGGGAUGUUUCCCUAGGAGAAAUGUCUAUGACUCACGAGAAGCACCCAUAUUAUUUACAUAGUUGUUGUUUUUUAAACAAAAACCCUGUGGGAAGUAAGCCAAAAUAUACUUGUGGCAAGAACAAAAUAAAAUUAUUGUUGUGUCCCCAGUUAGUGCCAAGAGGCACUAGAACAAUUAGACACUUUGACAAAGGCUAUGUAUGUAUGCAUGUGUGCUCUUCAAUUAAAUGAACUGAGUGCUCUAUGAAAUACAGUCUACCCAGAAUACAAGUAUGUUUGUAUGUAUGUAUGUUUGCUUUUAUCAAUCAUUGGUAUUUUCAGUUAUCACUUAGGUUUGUAUUUUUUGUUCAUUAUUGGUAGUAAUUGAUAUAAUAACUUUAUCAUUAAUAUAAACUUUGCAUUAUAGGCUGAUUGUUUGCAUGAGGGCUGCGAUUAUGAUGUAGUGGUUUUAUACCACUGCAAACAUGCCAAGGGAAAUUCAAUUUUCCCUUAUGCCACACCGGGGAAAGCUUUUGAAUUUCUUGGAGAUGGCUCCAAAGAGCACCCACCAUCUGAUGAGGGCCGUUUCUUUCUCCAAAUGUUUUCGCAGUUUUUCCUAGGUAUGCUUCAUUCUCUUUAUAAGUGUACUUAUUGACAAGAUUAGCUUGAGUGCGUGUGCCUUGAAGGUAAAUAGCAGUUAACUGCAAAGAUCAGGAAAGCAAAUCAUAGCUUAGAUAUGCAAUCACAUGCCAGCCUGUGCAGAUGGAGCAGCCACCCUGCACAAACCUGUCUACCUGGGGCUCCACCAGUGACCCGCUAGCAUUGUCUUCAGGUUACCCUUUCCUAAAUUUAGCCACAUAAAAUUAAAUACUAAAUUAAUGACAAUUCAUUAUUUUUAUUCUUGCUGACUUUUCAUUCAAGUUCUUUUCUUUAUAUAUGUAAAGGACAUCCCCAUGGUAUGCCAAAGUGGACACAUAAAAAAAAAGGUAUUAAAGUUUUGCUGUUAGUUAAUAUUACUGUUUGUAUUUCGAACUCUGUCUUCUAGUAUUUUCAUUAAAUUUACAAAUGACUCAGACAAGGGACUCUGAGAUCAUCAUUAGCUGACCUUCUUCUGCCCUAGCUACCCCUUUUCGGUUCUGGAUAUUUCCAUUCCUUUCAUCUCUUUUUUGCUUUUCAUUCAUGAAAGAUGAGCAAAAAGGGUAUAAUUUUAAAUGUAUAUUUCUAUGAACAUUGAGAUAGAAACAUUUUAUUGUUAUUUUUAUUUUUAUUUUUUUGGCAGGGUGUGAAUAAAUAUUUUCCUUUUUACUGCAUUCUUUAAAUGUUCAUCACUUUAUCUCUCCAACCUUUUUCAACCACCAGGGACAAAUCGUUUUUGUUCAAGAAUUCAUGUUACCGUAUUACACUCAAUUAAAUGCACUCUUUGCCUAAUAUUGUUUACUGCGUUUUAAAAUAGCUUCUUCUUUUUCAUUACCGGAAUUUUCUGCGAUAUGUAUACCAUCACAUCUUUCUUUCCUCACAAUGAUUGUGAAAGCUAGGCAAAGACGCUUAGGAAUUCUUUCCAGUUUAAACAACAGCGUAGUUGUCUGAACAUUCAGCAAGCAAGUAACAGGGGUGACUUUUUAAAUGAUGUGAAAGAACUGGUUAUCCUUACAAAUAUGGGGUGACUUGUCCAAACAAUGCACUCUUUUCCUUAUGAAAUGAGGGUUAGCUAGGGUUAAAAAGCUCAUUCGUGCAAGUCAGCUUUACAAUCAGAAAUUAUUUCAACGAUAUCACAUACUGUAGACAAAUUCGGUGCGAUAUGUCAAGCCUUUCUUUUUUUGUUCCUUUUGAAAUGCAGGUAAAAACGCCCAGUCAACCUCGUCAACGACAUCAGCUGAGCCAGCUUCAAAAACGGAAGGUAUUUACACCAUAUCACAUAUUCCUUUUCGAGCCAUGUGUAGGGACAGUAUGUCAACACAAGUUUGGUAUAAUGUUUUAAGCCAUUACAGGUGCAGAUGAAGGAACCUUUUUCUCCUUUUUUCUUUCUUUUGAAAUGCAGGUAAAAACGACCAUUCGUCCUCGUCUACGACAUCAGCUGAGCCAGCUUCACAAACGGAAGGUAUUUGCACCAUUUUACAUAUUCCUUUUGGAGCCAUAUGUAGGGACUGUAUGUCAACACAAGUUUGGUAUAAUGUUUUAAGCCAUUACAGGUGCAGAUGAAGGAACCUUUUUCUCCUUUUUUUCCCUUUGAAAUGCAGGUAAAAACGCCCAGUCGUCCUCGUCUACGACAUCAGCUCAGCCAGCUUUACAAACGGAAGGUAUUUGCACCAUUUUACAUAUUCCUUUUAGAGCCAUAUGUAGGGACUUUAUGUCAACACAAGUUUGGUGUCAUGUUUUAAGGCAAUAUAGUUUCAGAUGAAGGAACCUUUCUGUUUCUUUCUUUCUUUUUUUUUUCUUGUGAAAUGCAGGUAAAAACGCCCAGUCGUCAGCGUUAGAAAUUAUUUCAACGAUAACACAUUUUGUAGACAAAUUCGGUGCGACAUGUCAUGCCUUUCUUUUUUGUUCCUUUUUACUAGUAAAUGCAGGUAAAAACGCCCAGUCGUGCUCGUCAACGACAUCUGCUCCGCCGGCUUCACAAACGGAAGGUAUGUACACCUUUUGA